AUGAUGACAGAAGAAAGUAGGGGCAAGCGAAGGAAACAAGCCAACCCCAGGAGGAAUCGAGUGGAUGCUGAGCAAGUGAGUUCACUGGGAUCUGAGGGGAAGGAUGAAGUGGGCCUGUGGUGCCUGGAGCCCCAGGAAUGCCAGGAGAGCCUGGACAAGACAAGCCUGACACCUAGCGAGGGGACAGAGGAGCCUGGAAGCCCUGCUCGCUCCACGCGGCCGCACAGCCUUAGCCUCAGCCCCAGUAGCAGGAACUACUGGCCGCAGGUGGAGCAGGUGGAGCAGGAGGCCGAAGCCGCAGAAGACACCACCGCCGCAUCCGCCACUGACAGGGAGGGAGACCAGGAACCAUUGAGGAUGUACUGUAAGAACUCAGACUCUCCGAAUGCCUUUGAGGACCUGGCCCACUAUGAAUUUCUGGCCCAGUUGAGGAAGGCCUCUACCUCAACCAGUGUCUUGGACCAACUGAACCACAAUGGCACGGCAGCGGUUUAUCACCUGGGCAGCAGACACGACGAGCUGCCACCUGCCAUCUGGUCACCAGGAGCUCAGCACUGCUCACCUGAGGGAGCAGACACGGAUCGGAGCCAGCAGGCCUGUCCAUUCUGCCACAGGAUGUAUCAGCGAGGAGCCUCUUUGAGGGACCACAUCAAGUACUGUCAGGAGAGGGAGGGGGGCCACAUGGUCUGUCCGCUCUGUGGAUACACUGCCACCCUUAGGGCACAGAUGGAGCGGCACCUGGCACUUCACAACCAAGUGCAGGACAAGGUGAGUUUGGAUCAAGGCAUUGAGACCAGGAAGUUCAAAUGUCUGCAGUGUGGGAAAGCGUUCAAGUACAAACACCACCUCAAAGAGCAUCUCCGCAUCCACAGCGGUGAGAAACCUUACGAGUGCUCCAACUGCAAGAAACGUUUCUCUCAUUCUGGCUCCUACAGCUCCCACUUAAGCAGCAAAAAGUGCCUGAGUGGUGGAGGAAAUGGAAACACAGGAGGAGCCAGUUGUGCAUUUAAUGGACAUAGCCAAAGCUCCUACCACCACUCAUUUCCAACAUCUCCCUCUGCAGGCGUGGGGAGAAAAAGUACCGACAAGGGCUCUCCGUUGGCUUCACAGAUCCAAGAUCAUACUGGGCCUCUACGUCGAAUAGCAGAGGAUCCUCACCAGCUUUCACUGCAGGACGCCAACCACAACCCCGCAGGCUUCACCAGAGCGUCAGACUUGGCUCGGCUUUGGGACCCCUCGGCAGAGGUCUCUCUGAGGGCCAGUAUACUAAAAGGGACCACCCUGCUGCCUUAUCUGCACUCUGGGACCAAGUUUGAACAGAUGCUGCAGGAGAUGCUUCACAGGGAGGUGAAGAAAGAUGAGAAUAUGGACAGAGGAGGAGCAGCUGCAAUGGAGGAAAGGAAGGUGAUUUACAACGGAGGAGGGCCUGACAAGAAGGUGUCGCCUGACGGGAGAAGAGAGGCAGUGAGGUCAGGUGAUGGGGAGAGAGGUGUGCUUGGGGUGACGUGUCGUUGGUGCUCCCAGCUUUUCCCCAACGUGGCGGUGCUCCUGCAGCAUGAGCGAUACCUCUGUAAAAUGAACCGAGAUGCAGUGGAGGUGCCUGAGGGUCUUCGCAGCAAAGACCACCCCUCGCCACCUUUAUUUUUUCCCAGAUCUGCUCUCCAAGCGGAGAACAGCAAACCGAGUGAGGUAACCAACGGGCUCUCCGUAAACAAGUCACCAUUGCAGAAGCCCAGCUGGCACUCUAUACCGCAGCAGCUUUUGGUCGCAAUGCACUCUCCCCCACAGCCCCACCAUGGUGCCCUGUCCCCACGAGCAUACUGGUCCGUCCAGGAAAAGGGAAGUCCAAGGCAACUCAUCAACCACUCCCCAGAGAUGUCGUCACCUCGAGUUAGAAGAAGGGUUCCCUCUUCAGGAUUUGGUUCUCCGGUCUGCAUGGACCUCACCAGCUGUCCUCCUGAACUGACCUCCCCUCAGAACCAGACCAGCAGCCCUUGGUCUGCACAGAACGAGCCUCUGGACCUCUCCUUGCCCAAGCAGCUCUCAGACAACGAAGGGAGAAACAAAACUGUAAACGGAAACUCAGCCAAAGGAGAGAGGAGAGAGCACAGGACCCAGCAGCUUAGGAGACCAAGUCCAACUUCACAUUUCCCCCUUCACCACCACCCGGUCUACAGUGGGGCCGCAGCUCCUAUGUUUCCAGGUUCCUUAUAUAGUGGCUUUCCUAUCUUCAACCAGUCUGGUUUAGGGCUUUCAGGACAUGACGGCAUCUCAGCGAUUCCAUUCAGCCAGCAAGCUAAUAGCCCUGGGUUUCUCUCUCCUAUGGCUUACAUGAUGGACGCAGACACAGAGGUGACGAUGAAAAAGAUCCACCAGGAGAGACAAGCUCUUAUGGAUGAGGUAUUAAGCCGUGGAGCUCUAGACUACCUCUCUCUUAUGGAUGAAGGACUGGAGGGAGAAGGAGGACCAGGGAGGAAAAGACUAAAGAAGACUGAUGAGGGUCUUUACGCUUGUGACAUUUGUGAAAAAACCUUUCAGAAGAGCAGCUCUCUGCUCCGACACAAAUACGAGCACACAGGUAAACGUCCUCACGAGUGCAAGAUCUGCAACAAGGCCUUCAAGCAUAAGCACCAUCUGAUUGAGCACAGCCGGCUGCACUCUGGAGAGAAACCCUACCAAUGUGACAAGUGUGGCAAACGCUUCUCUCACUCCGGCUCGUACUCCCAGCACAUGAACCACCGCUACGCCUACUGCAGCAAAGACCAGGAUCCAGACCAAGACCACGAGGAGAUGCCUCUCACUCCAGUGGCAGGCGGCAAUUUCCGGGGCCACCUCGCCAACGAGACCCCUCUGUCCAUGGAGGAUAGCCAAACUGCGCACUCCUUCCUCAGUGAUUCCAGUCUGGAUGGAGCUACAGAGGCCCUGAAGGAGGACGAAGAGGAGGAGGAUAAAGAGGCACGAGUUAGUGAUAGUCAUGUAGGAGUGGCACAUGCAAGUUUGUCAGGGGCAGCAGAGGAGCUGGGAGGUAGCCCCAUCCAAGGAUCACCUACAGGGGAGAAUGGAGUGCAAAAUGGUUACGAUGUGGAAAACCAUAUUGACACUGCAGAAAGACAAUUCUGGGGCCGAGACACUGAGGACCAGAAUGGAAAAAAAUGUGAACUGAGCCUGGAUUUAACAGAUUUACCCAGAAUAAAAACUUAA